GUUGGCUUAGGAGACUUAAGCUGCUUCUUAAUCUCUCUAAACAAAUGGACGCUGUAAUUGUAUCUCACACAAAUACUCAUAAAAUACAACACAAAUUUCUUUCCAUAUACAUACUGCCGCUGGCGAAAUCAUCGGUGGAGGGAAGGCCGACGAAAAUCAACAUUCAUCAAAACGAGAUCAGAGACCGUGGUCUAUUCUGCUUCCAUGGUUCAAGUACUUUGGCAUUGAUUAUUAACCACACGUCUAAGAGAGAAGCUAGCAACUAUGUCCGAUUUAGGUGAAGUGAAUGAUGUCAAGAACCUGGAAUUUAAAUGGGGUAAAAAGAGAGGCACUGGUGGGAAAAAGAAAGAGGUCCAGUUUUAUGAAUCUUUUACCUAUGAUGGUAUGGAUUAUGCUCUGUAUGACUCUGUAUAUUUGCACGAGGAAGGAAAACCUUUGCCUUAUAUUGGCAAGCUUAUAAAGAUAUGGGAGAAUCCAGACAAGACAAAGAAAGUAAAAGUUCAUUGGUUUUUCCAACCUUCAGAGAUUUCGCAUUGGAUUCAAGAUAUGGAGACAAUAGAGAAUGAAAUAUUUUUGGCAUCUGGUGAAGGAGUUGGUCUAUCAAGUGUCAAUCAACUGGAAGCUAUUGCUGGCAAAUGCAAUGUUGUCUGCACUUCGAAGGACAACAGAAAUCCACAACCCUCGUUGGAAGACCUUCAGAUGGCUGACUACAUUUUCUACCGUACCUUUGAUGUCGGUCACUGUACAAUAUCGGAUGAGAUGGGUAACAAAGUUGCUGGGAUUGAAGUUAGGUUUGUGUUCAACAAAAGAAGAGUGUGUGAAAGGGUCUGUGUUACCAAACUCGAUUCGGAUAGAGAAAGAGGAUAAUAUGGAUUCUGUAGCAUAUAAUAAUAGACUGCAGCUUCCCAUGAAAAAUCCAUCUGAAGAAGUCUUUAGAACAGUGAAAUUCUGAUCAUUUAAAAUGAGUGUUUUUUUUAUUUUUAUUUUUAUUUUUUUUAAUUAACCAAUGAACAUAUUUAGUUGUUUCUUUGAGUACAUGUGGACUUUGUAUGCAGAGUAAGAAUGCGACUUCUUGAAACACAUUACUUUGCGAAAAAAAAACAUGGUUCUGUUGGUUGAAUUUAAUGACUUCUAAACCGAUAAUUCGACCCGACGUACUAAAGGUCUUUUUUUUUUUUUUUUUUUUCAACUAAUGAAUUAAUUCUUAUUUGUUAUUCAGAAUGCAUUCCAACUUGUUAUGCUUGUGUUACACAACUCUCAUUGUCACCCUGUACGUUUCUCGAAUUAAUUGAACCUUCUAUCCCAAUCAAUUUAGCAUUUUGUUGUGCAAAUUUACCAUUCCAUUGUAAUUGUGGAUAAACGAUAAUAAGCUAGCAUCUAGCAUCUAACCAAUAUAUAAAUUUUCCCAAAAGAGCUCGCUCAAUCACUAGAGAAAAAAAAUAAAUAAAUAAGGGGCCCCACAACAGGUGCGGUCAUGUCAUUAAUAUACCAGGUAAUCAAAUACUAUAACAUAUUAUUUACUAUUAUGUAGGUCGUUAUUAACAAUUUUAUUAGUAGAUUCAUACAAUUAAAUAUAUAACAUAUUAUUUAGUUAUUAAUACUUUUAUAAGUAGGUGGGCCAAUAUUUUUUAAAAAUAGUUCAUUGUUAUUGAAUGAGUAUAAAUAUGCACUUAAUAUUUAUUCUAUAUUUUAAUACACACCCAAUAUUUAUUCUAUAUUUUCAUGAAUAACCUUUUCUUCUUGCAAUAAGAGUAGCUCUCCAUAUUUAAUUGUUAAAUUAAAAAAUGUUAAAUGAUCUACAGUAUUUGAUUCACACGUCUCAACAAAUUGUGUCUUUUUAUUAACAAAAAAAAAAAGAAAAAAGAAAAAGAAAGUACAAUUCACACAUAUUUAAUUAUCUCACGUAGUUGUGACAAGGAUCUUGCGUGAACAUGUGAUGAAAAUGACAAACAUUUGACUAGUGCGGUGAAUGCGAUAUAAAAACAAUACCAGGCGCCGAAACGCUAAAAGGCGGUGCGUGAGGCGGUUAUAUCUGAUUGGUACGUAAAGCGGUUAUUUCUCUACUGGCCCAUGUCCAUCUUCCUCUAUUCAUAGUUUAAUGUCCACAUUUCUUCCACAGCAUUUAUAACAAACAACACAAAUUGUACACUUUUAAUUUUGUCUCGAGUCUCCCGCUCUCAUCCAUACCCUGCAAGGCGCCUAUACACACUGCCGCUGGCGACUUCCACGGCGAAAUCAUCGGUGCAGGAAGGCCGACGCAAUCUCCGGCGGAAAUCACCGAACAAAUCAACCAUCACCGAAGUGACAUGUUACUGUGCCCUAUUUGCUUCACGGAUUCGUGGCAGAAGAAUCAAGGGGAAACUGUUCAAGCACUUUGGCACUGAUUAUUAACCACGUGGCCAACAGAGAAGCUUGCAACUAUGUCUGAUUUAGGUGAAGUGAAUAAUGUCAAGAACCUGGAAUUUAAAUGGGGUAAAAAGAGAGGAGUUGGCGGGAACAAGAAAGGGGUCCAGUUUUAUGAAUCAUUUACCUAUGAUGGCAUGGAGUACACUCUGCUUGAUUGUGUAUUUGUUCACAAGGAAGGGCGAGCUUUGCCUUAUAUUGGUAAGCUUAUAAGGAUAUGGGAGAAUCCGGACAAGACAAAGAAAGUAAAAGUUCAUUGGUUUUUCCGCCCAUUAGAGAUUUUGCAUUGGCUUCGAGAUAACAAGACACUUGAGAAUGAAAUAUUUUUGGCAUCUGGUGAAGGAGUUUGUGUAGCAAGUGUCACUCACCUGGAAGCUAUUGCUGGCAAAUGCAAUGUUGUCUGCACUUCAAAGGACAGUAGAAAUCUCCAACCCUUGGUCGAGGAACUUCAGAUGGCUGACUACAUAUUCUAUCGUACCUUUGAUGUUGGUCACUAUACAAUAUCGGAUAAGAUGGGUGACAAAGUUGCUGGGAUGGAAGUUAAGUUUAUAUUUAACAGAAAAGAGUGUGAAAGGGUCAGCAGUGUUCCCAAACUCGAGUCUGAUGAGAAAGGGGAUAAUAUGGAUACUGUAGCAUAUAAUAAACGACUGCAGCUUUGCAAGAAAAAUCUGUCUGAAGACUUUAGAGCAGGUAAAACAGAGGGAAAUUCUAAUCAUUUGGAAGCAAAAGAAGAUGAAGUUCUGAAACAUUCAUCGGUUCGGGAAUUUUUGGCGGGAGAAAAGCUCGCUUCUGGUGCUGGUUUGGGUUCCAAUGAUCUGGCUAUCAACAGCGGUGAGGGGUCUAGUGCAUUAGAUGACAAAACCAAAACAAGGUGCAUGGUUGAUGAUGAUAAGGAAGAUGUCAAAAAAGUGAUUGUCAUUCCUGUCAAUCAGGUUGCUAUCAAAGAGAGUGUACAGUCUUACAAGGACUCUGAUACUUUGGACAAUAAGCCUUCUAAGAAAGCAAGGGUUAAUAGUUCUGUUAAAUUAUCUGAGGACAAGAAUAUGAAUAGUGAUAAGAAGUUAACUAUCCAUGGGAAUGCCGUGAAGUCUUUGGCGCCCACUGUUACUUCUGCUGAUAGAAAAGCAAGAUCUGGACUUGGUAAGGAUACUUUUGGGCUGGGCAAAGAAGUAAAAUCUGCAAGGGAUUUUGGUGAUUUGGAAGAUAGGCCGCCUAAGAAAGUGAAGGUUGAUAUUUCUGCUAAAUUAUCCACGGACAAAAACAGAAAUAAUGUUCAAAGUUCGAGCAACAAUUUUAAGGGAACUUUGAAGGAUAAAGUGUCAACUGUCACUAAUUAUAAAGAAAAAGCAAAAUCUAGAAUUGUUAAGGAUUUUAUUGCGUUCGACAAGGGUCUCCCUGAGAAGCAGCUUGAUGAGAGGAUAUCGAAGCUUUCUAACAGCAAGUUUCUAACGGCAUCUGCUAGAGUCUUUCUAGAUGAGGAGAAAACUGAAGGCGAGGGAUUUGAAGUCAACCGUAGACCAGAUGUUGAUAAAAGCAAAUGGUUUAGGGCUCUUCCUUUUGAGGAAAGAAUGAAGAAUGCUCAUGAGCAAGGUACACUUGUAUUGCUUCGAAAUGUGGAUCCAGAAUAUACCUCUGCAGAAGUUGAGGAUAUUAUUUGGCAUGGCUUUAAGGAAAAUUGCACAGCAAAGAUGAUCCAGCACGCAACACUUUCUAGCCCACAUUCUGGGCAAGCUCUUGUUAUUUUCAAAACGAGGGAAGCAGCAGAGAGGGCCACUAGAAAAUUGGACAAGGGAUGCCUAAUGCUAUCAGAUGGGAGGCCUCUUGUUGGAAGCGUUGCAACUCCUAGCUUUCCGGGAAAGCAGUCAACAUUUUUUGGCCAUUUGUUUAUUGAUAAGAUUAAAUUCCAAAUGCAAAGUGAGAUGAAACAAGCUGUUUCUACUUCACAUUGUUCCCAGCCUAACACGAUUGAAUAUGAGAUGGCCAUGGAAUGGUGCCUCCUACAAGAAAGGUCAGAGAGCUCGUGGAAGAGAUUGUACAAGCAACAAGGGGAGGAAUUGAGAAAGCUCAAGGCCAAUCUCAAGUCGAAAUAAGUGCCAGGAUGUACAUUCCACUCUUCACUUGCCAGCAUCUUGCUAAGAACCGUACCAUGUUUUUGAACUUUUGGUUGCCAUACUUCUGUACAGGAUCUCUAUGUUUUUCCUUUGAAGCGAUGGCCUUCUUCCUCCUGCGUCACACCCAAAAUUAUGGAUGCUUUUUGUUCAUAGUUAUCUCGAGAAAGUAAAUGAGAGCUCUCCUUUUUGAUUAUAUAUACAUCGAUGGAAACGUAAAACAAAAAUGGAGGCAAAGUCCCCCCAUCAUGUGGGAAGAAAGCAAAAGUUUUGUUGUUCAUAUGUAGUGUGUUACAUUAUGCAUGUUUGAUGUUCCGUCGUGGAUCUUAUGUAAAUCUUUUUCUUUUUGGUCUAUAAUUUCUUGAUGUUUUGGAUGA